AUGACCACGAUCCAUGCAAAGCUGCUCUAUGUCAGAGACCUCCCCAUUUACCGCCAGGAAAAGCCAUACCAGAUCCUAUCUCAUCUGCCUAACCUUGGAGAUAUUGCGCCCUCCAAUCUGGUGUUUGAGGCAGUGGACGAGACCAUCCAGGACGUUCGGCUCGCCGAUCGGCCCUUCACCCUUGACGACAAUGGAUUCUGCCAUGUCACCGCCCCAACCUCGUUCUCGGACUGGGAUUCCCGGUCCAAGGUCGAGGAGUGUUACUUGCCUGAAGUCAAGUCGUUGCUCAAACGACUGGUGGAUGGCGCCGACGAGGUCGAAAUCUUUGAUUGGAGAGAGAGGCGAAGGCAAAUGGGAACACCUGCUACUCCUUCCCUAGAUACAUCGCAGACCCCUAGGCCGCCGAACAUGAACGAUCCGGCCGAUCCUUUGCAGCCGGCCAAGCAGGCUCAUGUUGAUCAGAGCCCGGCCGGCGCUAUUAAGCGAGUCAAGACGGUGAAGGGUGACCGCGCGUCCUCCCUUCUCGAGGGCAGACUGAGAAUCAUCAACUUGUGGCGGCCGACCGAGACCGUCGAGAACUGGCCGCUGGCCCUGUGCGACGGCGCCUCGAUAACCAGAGAUGACCUCCUCGAAACCGACCUUGUCCGACGCGACUAUGUCGGAUCCACCAUGUUCGCGAAAUAUCGCCCCGGCUAUCACUGGUAUUAUCUCAGCAACCAGAGGCCCGAAGAAGUCUGCCUGAUCAAAAACUUUGACUCAGACGAGACGGUGAAGGCACAAUGUGAGUAUCGAUUAGUGGCCGAAUAA